AUGGAAGCGUUCGCGCGCCCGUCGCUCCGUACUAGACAAGAUGACGUAGCACCCUCUUCGGGCGCCACCUCAGCCGUAGAUGUUGUCCCUACUUUGGCGGCUGAAGCUGAAGCCCAAGGUCCUGGGAUGCCUCCUUCCCAGAAUGCAUUGCCUGCUUAUGCCACUAUCGCGUCGAAACCAGCACAGGCGGCGUUAACAGAGCUGCGGAUUGCCCUUUCCGAAGCGCAUGCUCAAGAUUUGUCCUCGCGUCUUGACACUGUAACUGGCGUUCUUCUUGAACAUCUGCGUUGUUCCAUAUGCAAAGAUCAUAUGCCUAAGCCAUUCACCAACCAUUGCGGUCAUUCGUUCUGCGCGUCGUGCCUCUCCCACUGGUACCGCUCCGAGUUUUGCCAGAAGCUAGGCACAUAUGAAGGUCUUCCCCCGGAUCGCCAGCGACCUGCUCCUGCAACGGAUGCAGAAGCGAGCGCACUGCGUCGUGGCCUUCCCUUGGAUGUCGCAAAAGACGUUUUUACUUAUUCAUGCCCCGCUUGUCGGGCUGUCAUUGUCUCCAAGCCCCAAGAAGUAGAUAUUGUCAAGGCUGUUGUGGGUUGCUUCCGAGCGAACAUUCAACCACAUCUUGUCUCUCCCGUCGAUGGAGAACCCACGUCUGCUAGCAGUACCUCUAUAUUUGCAGGACUUUUCCCGCCUGCCCAAUACGCACCUGAAGUCAUUGAUCUUACUACUGUCUGA